AUGGUGGCACCAGCAAAUGCAUUUUCUGGAGAAGCAGGACGCUAUCCAUGGUACCGUGUGGCAUUUGCCGGCGGAGUUGAUCUUCGCCACGGACCCAGUGUGGAGGCACCGCGCACAGGAGAGACGCUAUGCCAAAAUGCCACCCUGGCAGUGGCAGAGGAGAUUCUUGGUGUUGAUGGGCGCGUCUACCUACGCCUUGCGGAUGGCAGGGGCUGGGCAUUCGAUGACUCAGCUCUGUUUCCACAUGAUCCAUCCGUCGUGCGUGGCUACUGGCAGCCUGUGUCUGUGGUACCACCUGGAGCCAAUGCUGCAGCUGUGGCAGCAGCAGUCGCCAAUGGUACGGCAGGUGGUGGUGCUAUGACGGAUGUGGCAGGCAGCAUGGGAAGCAUGGGAAGCAUGAAGCCCACCAUGGACUACGGCAAUCAAAAUUCGCAAGGUCGAGGAGUGAACCCGUGGAUCCUGAAUUAG